UAGUGUCACAUUGCCGUCACGUGAUAGAAAAAAUGGCUGAAGAUGAUACUGUACCUCUUCUUACUGCUGGACAUAGUUCAAAUGUUUCUGUGAAACAAAAUUACAGCCGAGAAGUUUCGGAAAAUACAACAUACGUUGCAGAUAAUGAAAAGCCAUCAAGAUCACAUCUAGCAUUAGCUAUAAUUGCUUGUAUUUUAGGAAGUCCUUUGCAGAUUGGUCUAAAUACAUCAAUUUUAAAUGCUCCAGAAGAGGUUAUCAAAAGUUUCUACAACAAGACCUAUGUGGAUAGACAUGGGGAAAACAUACCUGAUGCUUUACUCACUCUCUUAUGGGCAGUGACUGUAGCAUUCUUUUGUGUUGGAGGUAUGCUUGGUGGUGUUUCUGCUGCUUUUUUUGCUGGAAGAUAUGGCAGGAAGAAUACGUUGCUGAUGAACAAUGCCUUAGCAUUCUUGUGUGCUGGGCUACAAGGAUGUAGUAAACUCGCUGGAUCUUAUGAAAUGUUGAUUGCUGGACGAGUGGUUGCUGGAGUAUGUUGUGGUUUGACUUCAGCUGUUGCACCUUUGUACUUGGCUGAAAUCUCUCCAGUUUCUCUCAGGGGAUUCUGCGGUACUUGCAAUCAACUGUCAAUCACGUUAGGCGUUUUAAUGGGUCAGGUCCUUGGCCUGGGAAACAUACUUGGUACAGAGGACUAUUGGCCCAUUCUCGUGGGUUUUCCAGCAGUCCCAGCAGUCUACAGUCUGUUGACCUUGACUUGGUGUCCAGAGUCACCUAAGUAUCUGUUGGUAAACAAGGGAGAUGAUGAAGCAGCAGAAAAAGCUCUUUGUUGGCUGAGGAAAUCUUCAAAUGUCUCUGAUGAAAUGGAGACCAUGAGAAAAGAAAGAGCAGAGCUUAGGAACUCACCAAAGUUUAAUGUGUUGGAUCUUUGGAGAAGCAAUGAACUAAGAUGGCCGCUGGUGAUCUGCAUUGUGCUACAAAUGUCCCAGCAGUUUUCUGGCAUCAACGCUGUGGUUUACUAUUCAACCAGUAUAUUUGCCUCAGCUCAACUCUCCAAGGAUGAGGCCCAGUAUGCCACCGUAGGAACUGGGGCAGUCAAUGUCAUGAUGACCUUUAUAUCAGCCCUUAUAAUGGACCGAGCUGGCCGCAGGACUCUCCACAUGAUCGGCCUGGGUGGCAUGUGUAUUUCCUCAGUAGUCCUCGUCGUCUGUCUCACAUUGCAUACAACUACACCAUGGCUGUCAUACAUCAGUAUCGUUGCUGUCAUUAUUUAUAUUGUAUUCUUCGCUACUGGACCAGGUGCCAUCCCAUGGUUUAUGGUGGCUGAGCUGUUCACACAGAGUCCCAGGACAGCAGCUGUUGGUGUGUCUGUGGUGGUCAACUGGCUGUGUAACUUUACAGUUGGUAUUGUCUUCCCAGUGCUCCAGAAAGCCAUCCUGACCUACUCCUUCCUCCCCUUCUCUGUGAUGCUGGCCUUGUUUUUCAUCUUCACGUACAUGUUUGUCCCUGAGACUAAAGGGAAAAGUAUAACGGAGAUCACCCGCCUCUUCAAGUCACCCACGGUGGGGAGCUCUGCCAGUGACCUCGGGGGCGCAGAUGUUGAGUAUGAGCGGUUCUUGAACAGGAUGAGCACACAGGUGCUGAUCAUAGAUCCCCCAGACAACAGCCUUGACGACACCAUUCAAGGAACUGAUUCUAGGGAAGUUAAAUCAAGAGUUCAGUUUGAGUAACUUAUUUUUUUUUAAUAUCAUAGCUUUUAAAAUGGCAUUUUAUAAAUAUUUUUUAACAACAGAUAAUUUGUAACUUCUAGACGUGUAACCUUAUUGUAAAAAUAUUUAAAUGUACAUAUUUCUUAUUUUGUAUUUAUCUGAUGUAAGCCUUACUUUUACAAAUGUACAUAGUAGGCAUAUCAAAUUUUAAUAACACAAUUUAUAAAUGUACAGUAUAACAGUAAUGAUAAAACUCAUGAUUUAUACUGGAUUUUCUAAAAAAUUGUAAUGUAUCUAAAUAGAAACUAUUGCUUUUCAAUAUAAAAUCUUAUCUAAUUGUUUUAAUUUAAAAGCCAAUUAAUUAAAUGAUGAAAAUGUAUUGCUUCAACCACUGGGUGUUUAAAACCCAACAAAAAUUACCACAGUCUUUCCUUACCUCCCUUCUCAAUGCCAGCUUGGCUGUCACAGAGAAGAGUUAUGUGCUCUUAUUGUUUGAAGUUUAGCUUUGGAUGGAUACAUUGUUUCAUACAAGGACUCUCAGAAGUCCAAAUUUUAAAAAUAUUUUUAACAUGACAUUUUGUAAAUCCCAAAAAACUUUCAUUUUUUUUUUCAAUAGAUCUAUUAAUUUACAAAUUUUUCAAUUGUCAACAUUUACUUGAGUCAACAAGUGAUAAGAAACUUGUACAGUUAAAAUUGUCUUUAGAACACAGAGCUAAGUCCCUUGACUUUUUGUUCAUGUUAUAACAAUGACACAGAGGUUUACUAACAGUGUCACUAGGUUUGAUAAUGUUAUGAAUUACUGAGCAAGUGCUUAUAGCAAAGAGCUCCUAACAGGUUUAUCAGGUUUAUUUUUGCCUUGUUUUUUUGGUUUGCUGUUGUUGAGUGUUACAGAUUGGUAAAAGUUUGUAUGUAAAGUUUGUAUGUUUUACAAACUUGUGCAAUGCUCAAUGUUUUUAUACACCAUAAACUUGUAAACAUUCCGUUAGGUUGUGUCUCAAAUCAUGGGAUGGUGUGGUCAAAUAACAGAGUACUCGGCUCUAGCCCAAAUGUUUUGAAUUUGGAUCUCAGUCCGUACUUAGUGCUGUAAGAUUUCCCUGAGUACACCCAUCUCUAAUGGGUACCUAACUCAUGUUGGGGAAAGUAAAGGCAACUGGACAUAGUGCUGACCACACCAUCCCUUCAUAAUGCGAGGUCAAGAAACAUGAACUCUACUUCAUCUGAUCUUUAGAUCUGCAAGGGGAGGUUCUAUGUGUCAACUCACCAUCAUUUUGUCCUACACAGUGUGUUUGUCUGGACACUCUUAGAUAGCUGACAUAAUGGCAAUAGAUGUGUGCUAAAUGGUUUGAUAAUUUGUCUCAUGUAAAACUUUUGUUAUUGGCCAGUAUUUAUAUGUAUGCUUAACUUCUUUUUAUAGAGAAUAAUAUUGAAUUAUAAAGUUGGUAACAUAUAUUUUCAAGUCUCGAGUAAGCAAGAUUUGAAAGCUGUUUACUUGAUCAGAAAUAA